AUGGUAUCAGGAUUAUCAUUUCAGAAUAUUAGCAAUAAAAAUCAAUUAUCAGCCGUUAUUAUCCAAGGUCCAGUUUAUUCAAGCAUUUAUCAGCAAUUAUCUCCGCAAUUAACUUAUUGCAUUACGAUUAUCAAUUCAACAGAUGAUUCAGCUCGAUCAUUUCAAAUUGAUGUCUUCACAAAUGUCAAUUCAAUGCCUGGACAUACAUUUUUUAUGAAUUUAAAGAGUAAUAUUGAAAAUGAUGGUCAUUUCUAUACUGAUGUAAAUGGAAUGUAUUUAAUACAACGAAGCUAUGAUAAGAGGAUGAAAUUUGAAGCGAACAUUUAUCCGAUGAUUACCGAAGCAAUGAUAGAAGAUGAUAAGCUUCGUUGUACCAUUCUUGGAGCUCAAUCGACUGGUGUUACUUCAAAAUUGGGUGUCCUUACUCUAAUGAUAGAUCGAGAAAUGUAUAACGAUGAUGGGAAAGGUUUAGAAUAUUACGAAGCUAGUGAGAGUCAUCCAUCACAUCUCAAAUAUCGAAUUAUUUUUGAAGCAAAAAUGCCACUAAGUGAUGAUUUCAAUCGUAAGAAAAGAGUUGACGAAAAUAAAUCAGAAAAUGAUAGUUUACCGAUGAACAUGCAGAAUACUUUAUAUCAUUCACAAUUUGUGCAACAAAUCUUAGAGGAAUUACUUUAUCCGGCCGCUCUAUUCUCAUCAUCAAAUAUCAAUUCAACCGAUGAUAAUGAUAUGAUAUCAACAAUGAUUGGUCUACCAAGCAUUCCCGAUAACAUUCAACUUAUCACUGCUCGAUACAUAGCACAAAAGACAAUAUUAAUAUCGAUGCGUCAAUUACCGUACGACUGUUCAGUAAGGUCAUAUAGUAAAGGCAACACUAAUUUGGUAUGA